AACGACGAAUUGGACCAGCUUUCAGUUUACUGUAGAAGUCAACGGUUGACUCUCACUCUUUCACGAGUAUAGUCACAACUCACGAAUACCACCGAGGGCGAAGCCGCGAAGGGCAGGCGAACCCAGCGGCAUCGAUGCGGAAGGCAGCGGCGUUAGCGGCUGCGGCGGUGGUCGCGGCCGCAGCUGCCAUUGCCGUGCGCCAGAGGCUGCGGGAGGCGAAGCGGUGGGCGCGCGUGGCCGCCGUGCUGUCGGACCUGCAGGAGCGGUGCGCGGCGCCGGCGGCGCGGCUGCUGCAGGUGUCGGACGCGAUGGACGUGGAGAUGCGCGCGGGGCUCGCCUCCGAGGACGGGAGCAAGCUCAAGAUGCUCGUCACCUACGUUGACUCCCUCCCCUCCGGGGAUGAGAAAGGGCUAUUUUAUGCACUUGACCUCGGAGGAACAAACUUCCGUGUUUUACGAGUUCAAUUAGGGGGCAAGGAACAGCGAGUUAUCAAGCAAGAAUCUGUAGGGGUAUCCAUUCCGCAGCAUUUAAUGUCCAGAAGCUCGCAUGAACUAUUUGAUUUUAUCGCCGCUGCUUUAGCAAAGUUUGUUGCCUCUGAGGGUGAAGAUUAUCAUCUUCCGGAGGGCACUCUAAGACAACUCGGUUUUACAUUCUCCUUUCCAGUGAAGCAAACUUCGAUUUCAUCCGGCACACUUAUCAAGUGGACAAAGGGUUUUGCAAUUGAGGAAAUGGUUGGCAAGGAUAUCGUGGCUGAAUUAAACGAGGCUAUAAAACGUCAAGGACUUGUUAUGAAAGUCUCAACAUUGGUGAAUGAUACCGUUGGGACUCUGGCUGCUGGAAGGUAUGUAGAUGAUGAUACUAUGAUUGCCGUAAUACUGGGAACUGGUACUAAUGCAGCAUACACAGAGAAUGCACAUGCAAUUCCUAAAUGGCAUGCCCCCCUGCCCAUGUCCGGAGAUAUGGUAAUAAACAUGGAGUGGGGAAAUUUCAAGUCCGCUCAUCUUCCACUCACUGAAUUUGAUCAAGCUUUGGAUGCAGAAAGUUUGAAUCCUGGAGAACAGAAUUAUGAGAAGUUGACCUCUGGUAUGUAUAUGGGGGAAAUUGUCCGGAGAAUCUUGCUACAGAUGGCUCAAGAAGCUGCUCUUUUUGGUGAUAAUAUACCUCCAAAACUAGAGACCCCAUACAUUCUGAAGACAUUUCACAUGUUGGUGAUGCAUCAUGAUGUAUCACCUGAUCUCGAAACAGUUGGUAUCAAACUAAAAGAAAUCUUCCAGAUCGAGAGCACCUCAAGAAAAACAAGAAAACUGGUCGUGGAUGUUUGCGAGGUCAUUACCACACGUGGUGCACGGCUUGCUGCUGCCGGGAUACAUGGCAUUCUCAAAAAGCUCGGUCGGGCUACUGACAGCCCCGAUAAGCGAAGGACAGUAAUCGCCGUGGACGGCGGAGUCUACAAGUACUAUACUUUCUUCAGCGAGUGCAUGGAGAGGACUCUGAGUGAUAUGCUUGGGGAGGACCUGGCACCCUCGGUUGUGAUUAAACCGGCCAAUGACGGCUCGGGCCUUGGGGCCGCUCUCUUGGCGGCUAACUAUUCUCAGUACCUCCAGGCUGAUGAAGAUUAUUAGCUCAAUCCGAUAGUUCCUUUGAUUCAGAAGCCAUGGCAGCAGUAUACCACAACAUUCAUCAAACUGCCUCAGUGUGAUGCUAAUUCGGUUAUGAAGCUGAAAAUAGACAUUGCAUAUGGAAUUCGUGGACGAUUCGCUCAUGUCAGCAACUCAGCAUCGCUUCCAAAGUUCGCACUGGAGUCAUCGACAGAGUGUUAGAACCAUAUGGAGAAAAACUUUCAUGUUGUGGUAGAGAAGACGAGGAAUCGAAGGAGCGCACUCUGACAGCUUGCAUCUGUUCUUCAUUCACGUCGGCAAAAAUUGCAACCCUCAUUCCGUUUCGUUGCUCGCUCUCGCCUGUCGACUCCUCGCCUUUGGUGGGAGUGCAACUGUUGAUGCGAUAGCUAUCUUCAUACUUUUAUUAUUCCCUUUUCUUGUCAGAAUAUUAUUGUGUACAUAUAUGUGUAUGGCUUGUGCAGACAAGGAAUGUGUGUCCAAGGUGUCUCCGAAUGUAUUAACCCUGAAGAAUGGAAUAAAGGCGGCCGCAAAGGAGUGAGAAAGUUGCAGAAAGAUUUA